AUGAAAUAAGACAGUCCACGUUUCAGAGCAGCUCUACUCCAUUCCAUUGAAUAAGAAAGAUCUAAAAAAUUAAUCGACUUCAAUGAACUCCUCAAAUCUAAUGAACUUACAUAUCUUAAAUUUGCAUUCAAAACUGAAGAAAGAUAAGAAAAUAUUUAUAUCAAACAAUUUUAAAAAGCUUCUAAUUUCCAAAGAACAGGUUUCAUAUUUUAUAUAUAUUUAACCUAAAGGAACUAUGAAUAUUUGUGAUCUAUGGUCUAAUGCAUAAAUCAAUAGGUAUUUAGAUAUUUCUCGAUUUACCAAAGAUAAAUUCUUACUCUAAAAACUUGCUAAACAAAAUAAUAAAUUUACUUAUAUUAGAAAACCCACAACUUUUCUCUCACAAACACCUAGACCACUAUCAGUCUAAAAGAAAGACCUUAAAUCUAUUAUCUCAGAAUUAAAUCUAUUGCAUGAACAAAAUAAAAAACUCAAAUCUCAAAUUAAUCGAAAAAUUUAUUGUAAAACAGUCUAAUGUUGA